AUGGAGGCGACAUUUGGGCAAGACCUGAAGAAGCUGGAGUACCUGUGGACGCGCGGAGCCUCCAUCGACUGCCACGACGAGACCAACGGCUACACUCCGCUGCACUGGGCGAUUAUCAACGACAAGCAGCACAGCGUGUCGUGGCUGCUCACCCACGAGGCCAAGGUGAAUGCCAAGGACAGCAUGGGGUGGACGCCCCUGCACUACGCCGCCCACAGCUCCAAGACCGACGUCACCCGCGCCCUCCUCGAACGCGGCGCCAGCCCAUCCCUCAAGAACAACAAGGGCAAGCUGCCGGUCGACAUCGCCAAGAGCCGGGUGAUCGCGAAGCUGCUAAAGGAGGCCAAGGACAAGGAGAAGGGACCCAGCAGCCGCCUCUCCUGGUUCGGCUUCAAGGCAACUGAGGGAACGUCGAGCUCGUCGGCACUGAUCAACAACGCGGCGGGCAAAACAGCAACGGCACGCUCCGACGGACGGCGACGAUAUCGGAGCGAUCGCCGCGCGGAGACCGAAGAGCGGCGCACCAAGCGGGUCGACCUCGACCAGCGCGAACGUGAGCUCGACGACCUGCGGGAUGGGCUCACGCUCAAGGAAAAGGAGCUCUAUCUCAAAGAACAGGAACUCACCGAAUCCGAGCAGCGCAUCAAUUCGAAGGAGGGAUGGGUCGGGAUGCGCGAAAAGGAACUGCUCAAGCUGGAGAAGCGGGUCGACAAACAAAAGGAGAAGCUGGUCAGCCGAGAGCGCGCCCUGGUCGAAGCCGAGGAAAAGCACCGAGCGGCCGUGCAGGUGAUCAAGUGGGAGGAGAUGAAGCUGGGCGAGCUCUUGGGUAGCGGCGCCUUUGCUGAUGUGUACAAAGCCGAUUGGCGCGGUGACUACGUGGCGGUCAAGGUCAUCAAGAACCAGCGCGACGACGACACCUUCCGCCUCCAGUUCCAGCAGGAGUCCCUCUUCCUCAGUAAGCUGCGCCACUACCAUGUCGUGCAGUUGAUGGGCGUGUGUGUGGAGUAUCCGCACAUGUCGAUCGUCAUGGAGCUCAUGAGCAACAACACCCUGGCCCACCUCCUCAAGGCCACUCGACGCGGAGAGACCAGGAUCCCGGCGCAGCUGCUGCUCCAGUUGGCCAGGGAGAUCGCCAAGGGGAUGAACUUCCUGCACAUGAUGGACCCGCCGCUCAUCCACCGCGAUCUCAAGGUGAAAAUUGGAGACGUGGGGUUCAUGCAGACCAAGGACGAGGACCUGCGGGAGGGCGCGCAGGACAGCUUCGCCGGCACGCCGUCCUACAUGGCCCCCGAGUGCCUGCGGCAGGAGCCCUACGAUCAAAAGUGCGACGUCUACAGCUACGGCAACGUACUCUGGGAACUGCUGACGCAGCGCAAGCCGUGGAAGGGCAAGAAGCGAAUGGAAAUCGUGGCGCUGGCGGGCUACAACCGGGACAAGCUCCCGAUGCCAACGCCCCACAGCCUGCCGGAGGGCGUGCCCCAGGGCCUGCUCGAGAUCAUGGCCCGGUGCUGGGCCGACGUGCCCUCCGACCGGCCCUCCUUCGCGCGGAUUCUCACCCUCCUCCCCGCGCCCACGUCAUCGAAUUGA